AUGCAAUCCAUUCGGCCCCUUCUGCAGCUGAAGCAUGCCCUGCCAUCCAUCCAUACUAAAAGAUGUUUAUUCCAUUCCACCGUCUAUACUAAACUAGAAGAGCAGGAGAGAAGGCCAAAAGAGUACGAAUUGCGAGUUGGAUUUGCCAUCGCAACACUACAGGAUGAUAUACCGCAUUUUUUUCAAAAGGGAUUAUCAGAGCAUUCCAUCUAUUCCACAGACAUCGUUUUAUCAGAUCCACACUAUACAAAGCUUUCAAUUCAUGGUCGCACAGCGUAUUUGGGAAUUGCACAAAUGCUCAAGUGGAGCACCAGCUUAUAUUUCGACAAUGUUUUACUAGAAAUCACAAAAAUGAGAGUGCUGCCUAACGAUGUCAAGAUAGACGACGAUUAUGACGAUUAUGACGAUGUGUCGUCCUCAUCUUCCGUGGUACCCUACUCAUCCAUCACUCAAGCCGAGCAAGAUAUAAAAGCAAGAGGCAUCGUGAAGCGGCUGGAAGUACGGUGGAAGCUACAGGGCACAAAGAAUGCUACAUUUUUCCAGCCAGAACCACGUAUAAGAAACAUUGAAGGGGUGUUUAUCUACAAGUUUGAUCAACAAGGUUAUAUUGGCGAGCAUCGCAUACAAAGGAUUGUACCUCCCCCCAGUCGCCGGGUUCUGCUGCUGCAUUCAUUAGGUGUAAGAUUGCGCUCGUUAUUCUGGGAGAACGCCAAGAGACCUGUGCUUAAUCCAGGAUUCUAA